AUGAAAAAAUCACAGACUACUCUUUAUUCUUUGUUGCACUCUCCUAAUAAUGAUUAUUUCUCUCCUAAAAGCACUCCUAACUAUGAGCCUAAUUUAAUGUUUUCUCGACUUAAUUCAUAUAAAUAGAGUGAUACUUUAAAUAAAUUCAAUGAUAAUUCUACUAGCAAUAAUCAAACAUAGAUGAAAUAAGACUCUUUAUUUGAUAAUUUUGUAUACUAAGAUAAUCUCUUUAACUUUAAAUUAACAUAAAAGCAGAUAAAAUAGAAGUUUUAACAAAAAGAAAAAUUAUUUUAGAGCUUAAACCAAUCUAGCAAUACAUCAUUUUCGAGUGGAUCAUUUAAAUACGCUACUCCUAGAUUAUAGUUGGAAUAAUCAUCUAAAAAGUAGCUCAAUUAAUCUAGUUUAAAGAAAAACAACUUUUAAGAAAAUGUAAGAUAGUUUGUUGACAUUAAAGAUUUGAUAAGGCAUCCAUUAAUUUGUAAAAAGAAAUCUAAUGAAUUAAAUCAAACUAAUACCUUAGAUAAAUAUUAAACAAAGUUUACUUCUCAAGCAUAUAAAGAAGCUUGCAAUAAGACUUUUCACUUAGAAAAGUAAUAGUUUAAAUAGUAUAUAAAUAAUUAAUGUACAGCUUUAAAUCCUAAAAUAAAGUAACUAUCUAAUCAAAAAAUAUGCUAAUUAAACGGGCAAUAGCUAAAAAGAUUCAAAAAUUAACUUAAUCAAAUAAAAACAGAACCAUCUAAAUCAUAGAUUAGUUCUUUGGAGGAAAUUUCAGAUAUAGAAGAAGAGGAAGAAAAAGAUCUAAACAAACAAAUGAAAACAAUAGAUUAUAUAGGAGAGAUGAAAAAAGAAUUAGAUAAUGCAGGUUCUAUUGGAAAGCAUGAGGAUUUUAUAUUAAAUUAAGCUAAGAAACAAAAAAAAUUAAUAAAACGUAUAAAAGAGGAGUUCUAAAAAAGACAGCAAAUUAUUGAAGAAGAAAAAAAGAAAUAAGAACAAAUUCAAAUGACGAACACCUAAUAAAAGAGCCAUAGAUUGCUAAAUAACUAAAACAAAAUAAGGUUUAAAAAUUAACAAUUUGGAGAAUCUAGUGAAUAUUUUGCAUAAUAAAUCGAAAGUGCAUAACAAGAAUAGUAUCUAGAAUAAAUGAAGCCACACCUUUUCAGAUAAUGCUUAGCAAAAUACUCUCAUCUCAAGAUUAGAAAUUUAAGCUAUCUAGUUUAACCUGACUCUGAUAAGCUUUCUAAAAAAGAUCUAAAAAUUAACAGCAACUUAAAAUACGUAUAUUAAUUAAAUAAAGUUUCAUAGAAUGAAUAAAGUUCGAAGUAAAAGCUGCUAGAAGGAGUUAGCACGUUAGAAGACACUAAUGAAAAGAAGAAAGAAAUUGAAGAUUUUUCAGCUAAUCUAAACUAAUAGCUUCAACAAACUAAAUAGAAGCUAUAAAUAUGUAUGAAGUAAAAGGAAUAAAAGCUUUUUUCUGCUAUUAAAAACAAUGAAAAUAUUGAAAUUUAGUAUUUAUUAAAUUUAUAUCCUCAUUUAAUUAACUCUCUUAACAAAAGGGGAGAUACUCCUUUGAUUUAUUCUGUGUAGUAUUGUAACUCUAGUAUUGUAGAAGAUUUGAUAAAAAGAGGUUCAAACUUAAGCAUAUAAAAUAUUGUAGGACAAACUGCCCUUAGCUUGGCAAAAAAAUUAAAAAAAGAUCAAAUUGUUGAAAUGAUUGAAGAUAUCAAAAUAAAAUGA